AUGUUGGGAAAAAAGCUAGGUUCAAUGAAGAAACUAGCCAAGAGGGAUAAAUCGAUUCUGGCCGGGCCUUCGUACUUUGAUUACGGCUCUCUAAGGGAAAAUCAAGUAAGGUGCAAGCCCACGAACACUCCCACAGGGACAUUUCCGGUAUAUGUGGGCGAAAAACGGGAGAGGUUUGUGGUCCACACGAACCACCUUUCUCACCCGUUGUUCAAGAUUUUGCUUGAUAAGGCUCGGGAUGAAUUUGGGUUCGGGCAGAGGAGUGGAUUGGUCUUGCCAUGUAGCGUGGACGCAUUUCAGGGGAUUAUGAUCGCCGUUGAAAAUAGCAAUGGGUUCGAUUUUGGGGACUUGGUUGGGGAAUUUCUUUAG